CUGGGUUUCCUCCUUUGUGACCCUGCCUCGCGGGGGCCGUGAGGGAGCAGUGUCGGCCGCGUGGCCGAUGGGAGAAGAAUUCACAUUUGAAAUUCUUAUUGUCCUGGAGUUUUCUAGUACUAGAAAGAGGAUGUCUGUAAUUGUGCGAACUCCUACAGGACAGCUCCGGCUCUACUGCAAAAGGGCUGAUUCAGUGAUUUAUGAGAGACUUUCAGAAGAUUCUCUCUUUGUGGAGGAGACUUUAGCCCAUCUGGAAUGUUUUGCCAAAGAAGCUUCUGCAGGGGUCACUCACCAGCCGGCACAACUAUGACUCCAACUCUCAAUUAUCCAGGCUUAUGUGAUCCGGUGCCUUGGUUUCUCUGUGUCCUCACUCUUAAGUGUCCGCAUCAGAUGAACGGUAAACAUAAAUGCACGUAAAAGUGAAGUCUGCUGACUGACCUGUAUGCUGAGCUGGUGAAAACAACUGGGUAUGGAAUUGGCUGAAACUGUUACUUAAAAGAGGAGUGGAGGGCAGUAAAAAAGAAGAGAGGCUGCGUCUCCAAACAUCCUUCAUGGCUUUAAAAUUUUAUGAUUUAAUUUUAUUUUUCUACACAUUCUGCUAAAAUUUCAUUAAGAAUUUUUAGUCUAUGCCCCUGAAGGAUACUUCUUUGCGGUUUUAUUUCCUUUCAUGUCUUUGACUAGCAUUGGUAUCAGGACAAUUCCAGCCUGAUAAAAUGAGUUGGGAAGUGUUCCUCUGUCCUCUGUUUUCUAAAACACUUUCUGUAGUAUUAGUGUUAUUUCUUCCUAAGAUGUCUGAUACAUUUCACUGUUGACACAAUCUGGACCUAGACUUUCUUUUUGACAGAUUUUGAUGAAUAAUUCAAUUUCUUCAGCAGAUAUUUAGAUAUUUUCUACUUCUUCAGUUAGUUUCGGCAGUUUGUGUCUUUCAAGGAAUUUGUCUGUUUAUCUAGCUGUCAAAUUGGUUGGCAUAAAGUUCUUCACAGGGUUAUUUUAUUUUUUACUUUUGCGUAAUUUGUGGUGGUAUUCCUUCUUUCCUUCCUCAUGUGGAUAAUUUGUGUUUACUCCUCUCUUUUUUUUUCCUUGAUUAGUCUAGCUUGGGCUUCACCCAUUUUGCUGAUCUUUUCAAAGGGCCAACUCUAUGGUUUGUCCAGUUUCUAUUUGCAUUCUGAUAUGUAUAGCAUAUAUAAUGUGUACAUAUAUAUUAUAUAUAUAACAUUAAUAUGUAUAUAAUAUAGUCAUAUAAUGUAUAAUCAUAAUAUAUAAUAAUAUAAUAUUCCAAUAUAUAAUACAACAUAUUCAUAUCUGUAUUAUUUUCUACUUUCACCUUAUUUUAGAUUUCAUUUCUUUUUCUUUUUCUAGUUCUUUAAGGUAGAGGCUUUUAUAGUUGAUUUUAAGCUUUUCCACUAUAAAGCAUUUCAAGACAUAAAUAUUUCUUAAGCAAUGAUUUAACUACAGCUGACACAUUUUGAUAUGUUGUCAUUUAGUUCAAGGUACAGUAUUUUCUCAUUUUCCUUGCAAUUUCCUUUUUGACUCAUGGGCCAUUUAAAUGUGUGUUGUUUAAUUCCCACACAUUUAGGUAUUUUCUAUCUUCUUUCUGUUAUUGAUUUCUAACUUAAAUCUAUCGUCAGGGUAAAUACUCAGUUGUUUUUUUCUCUCCAUACUUUGAAUUUGUCAUUCUGUUGUCUUCUGGCUCCAUUGUUCCUGACGAGAAGGUCACCUUACUGUUGUUGCCCUGUAUGUGAUGUAUCAUCUUCCUCUUGCUGCUUUCCAUAUUUUCUCCUUGUCAUUGGGUUCCUGCAGUAUGCCUAUGUUGCCACUAAGUGUAGUUCUCACUGUGUUUAUUCUACUUUGGAUUCAUUGUAUCCCUAAAUUAAUGUGUUUUAACCAAAUUGCAAAGUUUUCAACCAUUAUUUCUGCAAGUAUUUUUCUGCUGCUUUUGUUUUCCUUUACCUUUACUCCAAUUUCAUAUAUGAUUGAAUGCUCGAUGUUGACGAGAGAUCUGUGGCACUGUGCAUUUUUCUUCAGUUUUCCUCCCUUUCUUCUUUGGAAUAGAUUUUUUUUUUUUUUUUUUUACUGGUCUAACUUCAGAUUAGUUGAUUCUUUCUUUUCCCAUCUCAGAUCUGAAGUUCAUAUAGUAUAUUAUUUCAUCCCUAGAGUUUCCAUUUUUUGAUAGUUUACAUUCUUCUUUUGGGAUAUCCUGGUUUUUGUUGAUUUAUAAUUGUCAUAAGUUUCUUUGAUUUUUUUUGGAAAGUAAUAAUGUCUGUUCAGUUGAAAAGGGUAGGAAUUAGCUGUUCAAUGUCUAUUUUGAAUUCCUACUGUGUUUUAGGAUUAUGUUUUCUUAUUGCAUUAUAUAGCAUAUUGACUUUUUUUUUU